AUUGAGUCCCAUCCGUCUCCCCCACCAAACAUCCUCCUGCAGAGAGUGAGAAGGGAGCGGACAUCCUGGCGACAAAACCCUGCCACAUGUGUGUCCCUAACCCCAACUCCAUGUUUACCCCAUUGGAAGGGAUCUUAGGAGGGCCGCAGUGGGGCUUCUGCCCAGGGGAGGAGGCCGGCCCUUCCCAGGGAAGACCCUUGCAGCCAAUCCCCUUUUUGGGCCUAGUCAAGAUUACAGGACCGAGCACUGUCUAGUGGGCCCCUCCAGUCCUGCUAGGGUCUUAUCUGUGGUUCUCGGCACCUCCUUGAAUAGAGUGUAUGAGGUCAGUAAUAGGCCCAUUAUGGGCACACUGGACAACAGGAGACAGUUGGUUCAGGCCUUGUCCAGUGUGCCCUUGUCUUCAGGCUCUUGUCCCCACUCUAAGGCCCUUCCAGAUCCUGUUGAUAAGUCCUUAAGGACACCGACCCCUCAGUCCUGUGGCCAGUGUGCAGCCGGGCCGGGUCGGGUCUUGGCUUCAGGGACCCUCAGCUCUUUGGGGUCGUGGGCAGUGGUGAGCUCCAAAGGGUAUGGGUAGGAGAUGGGUGGUGAGGGCGACCCCACAGCCUUACAGCCGGGAGAGGGGAGACUGGAGUGCCUGUGUGUGCAUGCCCACGCGUGCAUGCCUCGGUGGUGCCCGGGUUAGUGCUGCGUGUCGCCGCAAGUCCCGGUGGCUCGUGGGCGCGCCUCUGCGGAGUCCGUGCAGGUCGGUGUCUGGGGUGCGCGCGCGCGGGCGAGUGCGUGCGCCCGAGGCGUGGGCGUGGUCGCGGGCGUGGCCUGCCGGGGGCGGGCCCUCUCCGACCCGCGCCCGGCGGUCCCCGAGCUAGCCAGCGACAAGCUGCUGCCGAGCGCCCCAUCCCGCCGCGGACGAUGCUCCCCUGGACGGCGCUCAGCCUGGCCCUGAGCCUGCGACUGGCGCUGGCGCAGAGCGGCGCGGAGCGCGGUCCCCUUGCAUCGGCCCCCCAGGGGGACCUGUUGCUCCUGCUGGACAGCUCGGCCAGUGUGUCGCACUACGAGUUCUCUCGAGUCCGGGAGUUUGUGGGGCAGCUGGUGGCACUGCUGCCCCUGGGCCCUGGGGCCCUGCGUGCCAGCCUGGUGCAUGUGGGCAGCAGGCCACACACCGAGUUCCCCUUCAACCAGCACAGCUCAAGCCAGGCCGUCCAGGAUGCCAUCCGUGCUGCAGCCCAGCGAAUGGGUGACACCAACACUGGUCUGGCACUGGCCUAUGCCCAGGAGCAGCUGUUUGCUGAAGCAGCAGGUGCCCGGACAGGGGUGCCCAAGGUACUGGUGUGGGUGACAGAUGGGGCCUCCAGCGACCCCGUGGGCCCCCCAAUGCAGGAGCUCAAGGACCUGGGCGUCACCGUCUUCAUUGUCAGCACUGGCCGUGGCAACCUGCUGGAGCUGUCUGCUGCUGCCUCAGCCCCUGCUGAGAAGCAUCUGCACUUUGUUGAUGUGGAUGAUCUGCACAUCAUUGCCCAGGAGCUACGGGGCUCCAUUCUUGAUGCCAUGCAGCCACAGCAGCUCUAUGCCUCCGAGGUGACGCCCAGCAGCUUCCGCCUGGCCUGGCCGCCCCUGCUGACCGCCGAUUCCGGCUACUACGUGCUGGAGCUGAUGCCCACCGCAGACCCGAGGGCCCCAAGACGCCAGCAACUGCCUGGUAACGCCACGGACUGGACCUGGGAUGGCCUCAGCCCUGACUCGGACUACGACGUGGCGCUGCUGCCCGAGUCCAACGUGCGCCUUCUGAAGCCUCAGCACCUGCGAGUGCAUACGCUGCCCGAGGAGGCCGGUCCCGAGCGCAUCAUCAUCUCGCAUGCCAGGCCGCGCAGCCUCCGCGUGAGCUGGACCCCGGUGUUGGGCCCAGCUGCCGCGCUCGGCUACCAAGUGCAGUUCGGGCCACUAAGCGGCGGCGCAGCGCAGCAUGUGGAAGUGCCUGCGGGCCGAAACAGCACCACGCUGCAGGGCCUGGCGCCUGGCACCGCCUACCUGGUGACGGUGACCGCUGCCUUCCGCUCCGGCCGCGAGAGGGCGCUGUCCGCCAAGGCCUGCACGCCCAUGGGGGAGCGCAGCCGUGCCCCGCGCCCAGCACCCCGGGUGGCAGUGGGUCGUGGCGGGUGAGCCGACCCGCCCGGAGGGGUUCGGAGCUGUGGACCCGAGAGCCCCUCGUCCCGAGCCCGGUGGGAGGGGGUGCCAGCCUCGCUCUUUACCCGCCCCCCCCCACUCCUCUCCUCGCUGGCCUCGUCCUACUCCCGGCCAGACCCCCGCCCUCGCGUGUUGUCCUGUGCGCAGCAUUUGGCAGAGAGGUGGGGAGGGCAUCUGCGGGAGAGUUGAGAACGUCAGACCCGGGACUGGCCCGGACCCAGGUGGGGAGACAGGGGCCAGGGCUCCGGCUUGUGGGAAAGGCCAAGCACCCUGGUGGCAAGGGCUGCACAGUUGGAUGCAGUGCCCAGGGCCACUGAGGUCCUGCAUAUGGAUAGACAGUGGGUGGGGUAGGGGAGGACCAACUAGCAUGGGCAGUCUCCAAAGGCCUCUGGAGAAGGAAAGAACAGGAGGCUGAUGAUGUGGCCUGGUUCUUUGCCAGGACCCUUGGGCUUGGAAGGCAGUGGCCUCCUGUGUACACUGGCCCUGCCUUCCUGCCCAGGACCCCAGCUGGGCCCAGCUAGCAGCCCCUGGGAUGCAGAAAGCACCUUUCUGGAGGUACAGACUCAGAACCUAGCACUCAGGACUGUGGGGACAGGGGCUGCCCACCACUGCCUUUGCCAGGCUCCAAGGCCAGCACUCAGGAGCUUCCUGGGGGAGGGGGAACAGUGUUGCCCUGGGUGGGUUCACCUCAAUUACUAUGCAAUAUUGUCUGACCCCAGAGGGUCAUGGGCUACCUCCUGUCACCAUCUACUAUCCUGGAGCUCUGGAGAAGUCACCAAGGGUAGGAGGGACCUGGCUGCUUCUGUAGCCCACACCGGGCAGGGCCUUUUCUCCCAGAAUCACCUGCCCAGGCUCACCUUGCCUCUCUUCCCCACUAAUGACCCAGAUUCCAAAAUACAGUAAAUCAGUUGUAUGCUGAGCCUACUGUCUCAACAGAAUGUUUGCUCCUGGGACACUCCAGCCUGGGACAGGGCAGUGCGAGAGGUCCAGUGUGCAGGCGCGUGGUGUUUCUGGAGAGGAGGGGAGGCUGGCCUUCUACAGUCCCUUCUGGCCCCUGCUUCUGUGGCCCAGGACCCACAGUUUGGACAGAGGCAGGCUGCUGGAACUCAGGAGGACAGAGGUCCCAGUAGUUCUGCAGGCCAUUCUACUGCCCAGUCUCUCACCUGUGGGCACCCUGUGCUGGCAAAGCAUGUCCCACAUUGCACCUACUUUCUUCUACCCUAGCGAAUCCCAGGUGGCCAGGGCUGAGGGGUGGUUUCUGGACCCCAUAUGGGUGUGUGUGUUUUCUGAGCACCUGCGUGCUGCCAUUUCCCCCAAGAACCCUGUUGUGCAUCGCAUGGCCUGAACUGGUGCUUCUUAUGACCUAUGGGUCCUGGACAUGGCCAGUGGCUCCUCACUGACAAUUCCAGAGAGCCCACUUACAGCCCCUUCCAGAGUGUCCAGGGACACAAAGGUACAUUGGAGGCCAUAGGUUUGAGCAGGGUAGGGCAACUGAAGGCCAGCACUAAGGCCACCCAUGACACCACAUGGCCAGUUGAGUGGGUGUCACUUCAGGGCCCUGUAGGGACAGUGCUGGCUACUCCUGACUCUCCAGCUGCAGGGAGGGGCUGCUUUGGGGCAGAGGACAGUGCAUGGGGUCACCAUAAACAGGCAGCUACUUACAUACACAUAAACCCUCAGCAGGAUAAGCUACACAACUAUGGGGAAGCCCAGAGGGGCCCGUGAGCUUUGGGCUCAGUCCUAAAUCACUACAGUCCUGGGCCUGCUGUCACUAUUCUUAUUACCGCUUAUGAACCACCACACCUGGGGAGAAGCCAGCAGGGGCUGCCAGCCCACAGGAACCCUGUUUUGGUAGGUUAGGGUGGGAACCAGUAGCCCAAGGUCCCACACUGGAAUCCUGGGCCAGGUUGGGCAGUUUUUCUUUUGGCUGAGCUUGGGCCUGUGUGUGGGAGGUCAGUAAGGGAGGGGGUCCACAUGCCCGCUGUGGUGGAGGCAGAUGGGCUGUGUGCCUGUGAUUGAGGCUGGAACCAGCAAGCUGGAACAGAAGAGGAAGAACAGGAGCAGGAAGGGACCAGCUGGCUGAGGAGAGAGAUUGGCCCCUCACUUUUGAAAGCUAGACUCCCCACAAGAGGACAGGACUGCAGAAUGAUACUGAUGGUCAGCAGCAAACCUGUGCUGGCCACAAAAGGGGCUUUAGGUUUAAGAGGACAGCCUUCUGCAUGGCACUGUCCUUGGAAGACAGCAGGCAGCUGGCGGCUGCAGCCUUGGUGCUGGAAGCCCCAGGGCUGGGUUGCUGGGGGCAACAGGCUGCAGUGUAGUUCUGAGAUCUAGUCAGGGGUAGGGGACUCAGACCACGCCAGCUGCACACACUCUAGGAGCAGACUGCUUCCCACUGCCUAGGUGGGGUCUACUUUGAGAAUUAGGCCCCAGCUCCUGCUGACCUGUACUUCCAUCAGGGGCUGCACACCCCAUCUGGAUCAGGGCAGGCUGGGGGCCAGGCUAUCAACCUGCAUCUUUAACCUCUGCAGUCUCCCUAGGUCUGUAAUGCUGGAGGACUCCUGUUAGAGAAUCUGUUGGGGAGGUCAGAAGGGAUCCCAUCAGCAAAACAGCAGAGUGUAAGCAGCACUCACAUUUGUCAGUUAAAUGAAAAUGCUUCAGGUAGAAAGCAGAGUCAUGAUUCUCUCAUUACUUUAGUGUCUUUAGGAAGGGUGUGUCUGUCCUCCCAAAUAGUCUAAGAUUUUAAGUAUCAAAGUGUGGAUGGGGUAUUCUACAUACUUCAUCAGAAUGGAAAGUGUGGAACCCACUGCUUUUUCUAAGUUUCUCCUUAAAGCAAGCCUGAAUUUUUGUUUUGUUUUGUUUUGCUUUAGUACUGGGGAUUGAACCCAAGAGUGCUCAAGCACUGAGCCACAUCCUCAGUCCUUUUUAUUUUUUAUUUUGAGACAGGGUCUCACUAGGUUGCUUACAGCCUGGCUAAGUUGCUGAGGCUGGCCUUGAACCUGUGAUCAUCCUGCCUAAGCAGCCCAAGUCACUGGGAUUAGAAAUGUGAACGACUUACACUCAAUGCAAGCACCAAUAUCUUAAGACAGCAAUCAACACUUGUUCUUAAAAGUAUGCCAAGUUCAAUGAAUCUAUUAAAUGCAGAGAUUUAUAAAAGACACAAGCUUGUUA